AUGGACAUUUUACGUGGAAUCCCCAACGAUCAGGACGAAGAAAUCAGCAAAAGGCAUCUCAAUACACUCGUUGUGGAGAACAUAUCGGCAUUCUACUGGAAUCUUGCGACACUUUCGUCGCAAGAGAAAUUCUCAUGGUACAAGGGUCUCAAUAACGAAUUGGCGCAAAUACGUAAAAGAUAUGGAUGCAAUGUGUUGGUAACCGGAUGGGAUAUUGAUUUUGAUAGAGGAUUCAAUGCUCGACGAGUAAUUGAGAAAGCUCCGGUAGCGCUUCAAGAUCUAACAUAUCUUCCUGGCGAGUUAUUCUUAGGAGCCACUCGAAUUAUACAUUAUGGGGAAACAACUUUGCACUUUCGAGAUAAGAAAUGGCGUGCAAUCGAUGAAUAA